AUGACAACCUCACACUACCAAACCGAGACUUUCACAUCCGAGAACUUGGUCGAGAGCGCUGGGACAAUCCUCUUCCGCCUUUCAACACAAGACAUAUGCAUCAUGCGCGAUAUAAAGCGCAACGAAUACAUCCUCCCCAAAGGACGUCGUAACGUAGGCGAGUCACGCCGCGACACUGCCAUCCGCGAAACAACCGAGGAAACAGGAAUACCCUGUCGUUUACUACCCAUCAAUAUGAAAUCUCGCCUCUGCUCUUCUGACGACAAAGACGCCCCUGAUGAAGAGCGUCUUUUCAAAGAUGUCUGUGAACCGAUUUCAGUGCAGAUGAGAAGGAUCGGCGAGGGUGAGAUGAAGAUCAUUUGGUGGUAUAUUGCGGCUGUGAAUGAGAAUGAAACAGUUGAGAAAUGUGAGGAUGGGUUUGAGGUUGAGUGGCAUGGCUAUGAAGAGGUUCUGCAGAAGUUGACUUUUCAGAAUGAUCGGGAGUUGGUAGCCAGAGCUAUUAGACUAGUCCAAUCUUAUUACCUGUGA